AUGGCGCCUUCUUCCGCCUCUGUAGCUUUCUCAGUGAGACGUAGCCCGCCGGAGUUGGUGGCUCCGGCUGAGAAAACACCUAAUGAAUUAAAGCGACUGUCGGACAUAGAUGACCAAGGAGGCCUCCGUUUUCAGCUUCCAUUUGUUAUGUUUUACUCAAACAUUAAUGAUCCAUUAUUGAUGGUGCAGAAAGAGAAAGACCCUGUGAAGGUCAUUAGAGAAGCUUUAGCUAAAGCACUGGUGUAUUACUAUCCUUUCGCCGGCAGGCUUAGAGAAGGAGGUAACCGGAAACUUACGGUGGAUUGCACCGGAGAAGGUAUCUUGUUCGUUGAAGCUGAGGCUGACAUCACACUCGAGCAGCUUGGUGACACAAUUCAACCGCCAUGCCCAUAUAUUGAAGAGCUUCUGCAUGAUGUUCCUGGCUCUAACGCUAUCCUUGGAUGCCCUUUGCUACUCAUUCAGGUGACCCGUCUGCUAUGUGGAGGAUUCGUCAUUGCUAUACGACUAAACCACACAAUUAGCGAUUCUCUUGGGUUGGUAAAGUUCCUCAACACUGUUGCAGAGAUGGCAGGUGGUGCAUCUGCGCCAUCUCAGCAGCCUGUGUGGCAAAGAGACAUCUUUAGUACACGUGACCCACCACGGAUAACCCGCGUACAUCACGAGUACGAGGAGCAAUCGAUUGACAACAACAGCUCAACAGCCAUAUUAAUGGAGGACAGCAGCAUGAUGGUCCAUUGGUCUUUCUUUUUUGGUCCCAAAGAGAUGAGAUCGAUACGUAUGCAUCUUCCAUCACACCUUCGGGCAUCCUCCACCUUUGAGAUACUCAGCGCUUGCUUAUGGAGAUGCCGCACGAUUGCCCUUCACUUGGAUCAAAAUCAGGUUGUUCGUCUAUCAUGCAUGAUCAAUGCACGUGGUAAGCAAGGGCUACAAGUGCCCGAUGGAUAUUAUGGCAAUGCAUUUGCUUUCCCAACUGCAGUUACAAAGGCAGGAUCACUCUGCCAAAAUCCAUUAGGAUAUGCAUUGGAGAUAGUGAAAAAGAUCAAGUCAGAAAUGAGUGAAGAGUACAUUAGAUCAGUGGCGGAUCUCAUGGUGAUCAAAGGGCGUCCACGAUACACAACAGCCGGGAACUAUCUUGUUGCCGACACAACACGUGUCGGCUUCGGAGGGGUCGAUUUCGGGUGGGGAAAGCCAGUUUAUGGAGGUCCAAGUGGGGCCAUACCAUUGGUUAGCUUCUUUGCAAGGUUCAGAAACAACAAAGGUGAGGAUGGGAUUGUAGUGCCAAUAUGGUUGCCAUUGCCUGUAAUGGAAAGAUUUCAGCAAGAGUUGCUGAAGAUAACUCAUCAGGAGCCUGUUAAUCAAUCCCAUGGAGUAAUGCAAAAAAGAAUUUUGUCCUUGCUUUGA